GUCAUCAGUUGAAGAUGUCUGGUCGUGGCAAGCAGGGUGGUAAAGCUCGCGCAAAGGCCAAGUCCCGCUCCUCCCGUGCCGGUCUGCAGUUUCCGGUGGGUCGUGUACAUCGUCUUCUCCGUAAAGGCAAUUAUUCGGAGCGGGUGGGUGCCGGCGCUCCGGUGUACUUGGCCGCGGUGCUGGAAUACUUGACAGCUGAGAUCUUGGAGCUGGCUGGCAAUGCAGCCCGCGACAACAAGAAGACACGAAUCAUCCCGCGCCACCUGCAGUUGGCCAUCCGCAACGACGAGGAGCUCAACAAGCUGCUGGGCCGCGUGACCAUCGCGCAGGGCGGCGUCCUGCCCAACAUCCAGGCGGUGCUGCUGCCCAAGAAGACCGAAAGCCACCAUAAGGCCAAGGGCAAGUGAGACCCUACUGGUCGUUAGUGCUGCUUAACGGACACCAAAGGCUCUUUUCAGAGCCACCCACAACCUCGAAAGGCCUGUACACUGACCCUGUCGCGGACAGGGACUGGCCAGGGCUGGGUUUCCCGAUUCUUGCCAUGCAUCCGCGCGUGGCGACUGGGGCGUUCACAACUGCGGUCAACGGCCUAUGUCUAUAGUUGGCUUACGGUCUGUUUGGAGGCACUCCCAGUUUGUCCCCACCAUUCUCCAGCGUUAGACACAUCCAUACAGGGAUGCUCGGUUCUGUAGCAGUUAGCAUUAAGCUCUGAUAGGUAAAUGAGCUAGUGUUUUCUGCUGAAACUCUAAUGUGAAAAUGCUGAGGGUUCUACCAAAACGUUAAGUCUAUUCGAGUUAGGAUCUAAUCACUUUUGAGAUUUUUAAAAGUGUCUUGAGGGGAGAUGGGGAGAUAAAUAUUGAAAAUUUGUUAUGGACUUUUUUGGUAAGGCUGUUGGUAAAGACCACUCGAAGUUUUCUGAGUUUUGUGGGGCACAGGCAGCGACUUAGGGCAGUGCUGCCUAGGCCUGUUCACAGGAUAGGAUUACAGAUGGGCAUGGUAGUCCAGCACGAGUUUGGAAUUGGUCACACACACGAUCAGGUAACUUAACCUUGAGCAAAAAAUUAGUUGCCUUUGGUAGAACUAGGUUUGAGAGUACAGCAAUGUGCUCUAAUAAAGUUUAAAGGAAAGUAUAAUUAGCAUCACAUUAAGUAAAAUGUGAAUUUUUAGAGAGGAUUGUGAUUCCAUGGGCAGUAUAAAAAAUGGUUGGAGAGUUCCAGAUCAUCAAGAACAGGCAAGAUAAUCAGUACCAGCGGGAAAAGAAGAGUUGAGGAGGGUUAAGUGAGUUAUGAUAAUCCUUUAAAACGCCUCAGAAUCAGAAGGUUGUUCCCCCCCUUCCUGUUAACUGUGCUAUUUAAGUUUUAAUAAUACAGGACAGCAUGACAAUGUUUAUUAUAUAAAUUAAAUAUACUCUACCAAAACUGGGUCUGUUCGGGGCUGGGCUUCUGAAACACCGUCUGUAAUUACAAAUCUAUUUAUAAAAUAUCAGCAUCUCAAAAACCUGUUGCCUAAGAAUAAGCAAUUUCCUUAACUGUAUCAGUCACACAA